GUGAUGGAAUCAGGGGGCCUCCUUGUGAUGUCACCACGCUCACAAUGCGUGUCGUCCGGGCGACACGCGCCUCUGGGAGCUGAAGCCCUGCGUCACUCAGACCAUGGAGGGCUUCUCGCUGCUCAGCAUUUCGGGGCCUCAGCUGUCUUCCUCGGCCCUGAGCACUUUUCCUGAUAUUAUGUCCUCACGUGCCACCAGCUUGCCAGACAUCACCAAGACUGCGCUCCCCACAGAGGAAGCCAGCCCAGCUCAGGCCUGGCCCUCCCGGUACCUGAGCAGCACCCUCUGGCCUGGGGCGCACAGCGCACAGCUCUCUCCAGACUGCAUCCCGGGGGACCCCCAGAAUGGGGCGCAGCUGAGGCGGAAGUGCACCAUCUACCGGCCCUGGUUCUCCCCUUACAGCUACUUCAUGUGCGCAGACAAAGAGGGUCACCUGGAGACCCACAGCUUCCCGGAGGGGCAGCGGGCUGAGCGCUGGGCGGACAGCUGCCUUCCCGCGGACGAGGCUGACAGCAUUGGCUCCUCUUCCUCCUCCCUGGAGAACACCUGCCCCCGAGAGGCCCCCCAGAAACCCGGGCCCGGCCUGGACGCCACAGACUGCAUCACGUCCCAGGACAUCCUGACGGCUUCCACGUGGCAGCCGGCCCAGCAGAGCGGCUACAAGUGCGCGUCCUGCUGCCGCAUGUACCCCACCCUGCAUUCUCUCGAGAGCCACAUCAAGGGCGGCUUCAGGGAAGGCUUCAGCUGCGAGGUGUACUACCGCAGGCUCAAGGCCCUGUGGGGCAGGGAGCAGAGGCCGCCCGGGGACGGGCUCUCCGCGGGCAGCUGCCAGGCCUUCACGUAGCCCCACGGCCAGGUCAAUGCCUCUAGAGAGAUGCCAGUAAACCAAGUAGUCACAGCCUCGUCAAGUCUGAGGUCACCCUGCACCUCCUGCUGUCCUUCACAGCCCGGCCCCAACCCACUGGGCUAACAGUUGCCUAGCAACACCAGGCCCU